GAUGAAAACCGAGACGUGAAGCGGAGUGGAGGCUAGUAACUCACCGGCACCGGGGCCAGAAGCGUCUACAACAAAAGCCUCGCCGAAAACUGAAUGAGAGAGCAAAUAUCAACCUGCAGCCACAGAGUGAACAGACGUUAGCAGCCCCAGCGUGUCGCAGACAAGAAGCGCAGAUGGACACCAGGAAUACCACUGAAGAGAAACCUGUCCAGCGAUCUAAGUCUUUCAGCUUUAAGACCCAAAAGGAGGUGUGUAUAUCAUGUGAGAAGACGGUCUACCCGAUGGAGAGAUUGGUUGCCAACAACCAGGUCUUCCAUUCAUCAUGCUUCUGCUGCAAGCACUGCAACGCCAAACUAAGCCUUGGCACCUUUGCAGCUCUACAAGGUGAAUUUUACUGUAAACCCCACUUUCAGCAGCUGUUCAAGAGCAAAGGCAACUACGACGAGGGCUUUGGACGCAAACAGCACAAAGAGCUCUGGGCCUCCAAGGAGACAGAUAAUAUAACAAAGACGGCAUAAUCACAUCCGCCUGUGUCCCAUCUUAGCCAUGCCUCUUCCUCCUCCUAACACCUCCGAUACAUCACGAUGAACACAUGCCUCAUAUGCUGGGGCACUGUUAAAUCACCCACGCGCUCACUCUCGCUUUUUAAAUACCAUCGGAAUAGAUACGUGCACAAACAGCUCGGAAAUGACUGGCCAGUCAUAAUCCAUUCAAUUUUAGAAAAAAUACUUUUUGGGGGAUACAUUUUGAGUUCAAUUUAAUUGAUAUCUGUUUCUUCCUUAUUUUAUUUCCCAAUUUCCUCUCCUGGAAUUGGAAGUUGAUUGUGACCAAAAGCCUUCUCUGGUACGGGGAGUAUAAUAAUGAUAAUAAUUUUUUAAAAUUCUUUUUAAUAAUUUGCACCCUUUUUAAUUUUUUUGAAAACAGUAUGCUCAGGCAAACAUAUCAGAGAGGUUCCAGAGCAUCCAUGUUUUGCAGUCGAGCAUACACUCAGGUCAAAAUUUUCAUAGUUUCACUCAUUUUAACAAACCACAAAUUGAAAUAAUAGUCCUCAGUAUUGUGACUUUGCUGUCAGACAGUUUUGUCAGUUUGUCAGGUUUCAUAUAUUUGAGGAACAAACAGGGUACAGAGUACUGUAAAAAAAAAAAAAAUAAUAACGGCGCACAUCAGCAACGGCUCACCUCUCGGGUUUUAAUUUUUGUGUUUUGUCAUUGUUGGCUUCAUCCCAUGGUUUGUUCUGUUUUUAUUGACCACUGUAAGUCUUAUCCUUGCAUGUUGGGAUGACUGGGUCUUAAUAGCCUUAUCUUAUGACUGUAUCGAUCUUUUUGUGUUGUGAAUGAUUUCAUUUAUUACAUUGAUGCAUACCGAAUCACUUUUUAAAGGAUUUUAGAAGCACUUGAGUUUGGAUUUGAUUGAUGUCACGGCAUAAGUUAAUCCUCUCUGAGCUUUUAUCGGUGGUUGGAAAUUUUAAUGGAAUUCUCAGAUUGUGUUUUGUAUACUAUCUGUAAGUAGAGCUGUAGUUUGUGAUUAGUGAACAUUCCCCACCUCGCUGUACUCUUUGUCUUGCACAUAUGACCACACGUGAUCACCAGACAAGAUAAUCAAUCACAGGGAAACUGAGGCCUCGUGCGUACGCUUCCAUCACUCCGUCGGAUGAAACAUCUUAAGAGGAGCUGUAAAUUGGUUGUGAAAAGUGUUCAAAAUGAGGAUGUUGAUGGACGGAGCUCAAGCCUUGCAGGAAACCACACAGUUCUUUUCCUUCGUCAUUUCACGCCCUGUCAGUUGUUGGCGUCUUGUGGUGAUUUUUUCCCCUGCUGUAUUUGACUGUGUUCAUAUAGGUGGACGUUUUUUAUGGGGGAUGUAGACGGAUCUUAUCCGAUCACUGUGUCUUGAACAUCCAUCAAUACGUUACCCCCAUCCAGUAAAGCGUGGACAGGUUUCCUUUUUUAAUAAAUGCCUUCCUGUUCUCA